UCGUUAGGAGGUAAGUUUUUACCGAAGAGCUUUUUUAAUAAAAACGAAAGAUGUUUCAUUUAGUUAAAGUUCUCACUGAAGAGAAAGAGUUUAUGAAUGUUUACAGUGUUCAUACAGUCACUUAAAUAUAGGCUACGUUUUUAUUUUAAACUUGUUCUUACCUAUUGAAGUGUUAAGAGUCAGUAAGUGUGUCUAUUAGUAGUCGACCUGACAUCAGGGCCUUUCCUUUAAAUACAAACACAGUGAUUUUUCUUCAUCCUAAAACAGGAAAACAUUUAAAACACUACUGAAAUCUGAAAUCUUUUCAGAUUACUUCGACUUCAGAAUGUCUUCAGAAGAGGAUUUCUCCCUGGUGGUGGACGACACACAGCCAUCCGAGGACAGUCUGGAGGGAAUCAAGGCCAUGAUCGCCAAAUUCAAGAAACAACACGAGGAGCUGCUGAACGAACAGAAGCAUAUCGCCGACUGCAAAGACGUCGUGCGGGGGUGCGCUCAACAGUUCAGGGUCCGCACAAAAAAACUGACGGAGAGUCUGAAGAGAGACAAGGACGACUAUGAAGUUCAGGUCGCUAACGAGAAGGCUAAGCUAGCGUCGCUAAUGGAGGAGGAGGUCGAGCUGAAAGAGCAGGCGGAGAAACUGGCUGCAGCCCUGAAGGAAGAGAAGGCCGAGUACGUCCUUCUGAAGGAGCAGACUGAGGUGUUCACCGCUGUACCAGAGAGGAGAGUCGUCUUCAAAGGAGUGACGGGGGAGGUGGACGGGUCCCAGUUUGAAAUGGAGUCGAGCAUAGUUUACCCGAUGGACGGGGGGACGGCUCUGAUUACGUUCGACGAAGAAGUUGUCGCCAAGAAGAUCCUGAGCUUGAGGACUCAUCAGGUCAAUCUGGGUGAAGAGUGCAGAAUCACGGUGGAGGCCCGGCCCGUUCGGCUCAUGAUGCCCAGUCUGGUGGAGAUCGAGUCCAAGGCGUGUCCCAGACGCAUAUUAAUCUCCAACCUGCCCAAGAUGGACACUGAAUUUCUGCUGAACAAGCUGGAGAUCCACUUCUCCAAGACCAAGAACGGCGGCGGAGAGGUGGAGGACCGCGAAUUUCUGCCCGACUCUGGGACUGUGGUCCUCACCUUUCUGUCCGGAGACUUUGCCAGAGGUCUGGUCGACAGGGAGUACCAUGAAGUGAUGCUACAUCCAGACAAGAGUCACAGAGUGAGGGUCACCCCGUUUCUCAACGGAAAUAUUACAAACUUACAGACUAAGAUGUUGACGUGUCCUCGGACGUUGCUGCUGACGGGAAUUCCCGACUUCAUGGAAGCAGACACCCUGCAGGAUCUGCUGGAAAUCCACUUCCAGAAAAGCAGCAACGGCGGAGGAGAAGUCACGGCCUUCUUCUACAACGCGCUGGGCCAGAAGACCUCGGCCCUGUUUAAGAGCGUGGCAGAAAAAGAAGAGGAGUAGACUAUAGUGCAGCACUGACUAGCCUAUGACCGAUCCUCUCAGAAUCCAGCACAGACCGUCUGACAGGAUGGUUGUCAGACAUCUUUUUUUUAAAUGAAGAAGAAAUUGUUUUUGGUGGGUGUUUUUAACUUUUUUUUCUGAAAACAGUCUUGAAAUCGUCAUCGUCAUCAUCCUCUUUGUAUUAUAUAUUAAUGGUGGCAGUAGCUCAUCCUGUAGGGACUUGGGUUUGGAACUGGAGGGUCGCUGGCUCAAGAUGAACAUGUGUGUGUAGCAUGUUCAACAACAGUGUUAAAAUGGAAUCUUUGAAUGGUAUUAUUAAUCUUUAAUCACAUGUAACUAAUGAAUCCACACUGUUAGCACACAGUCUAUGUAUCUGUUUCAGCUUAUACUUCAUAAAAGUGUAAAAGGUUUGUUGUUAUACUUUCAUUUUCCUUCAGUGUGAUUAAAUAGUGAAGAUGACAAACGAGUUGUUUUCUUGAUAUUCAAAGAGUCAAGCUAGUAGAGGAACCUGUGUGUGUGGAUUUACUAAAAAGACAUUUCUAUACAUACAGUUAAAGGUCAUGGAGGUCAUUAUUGUAUUGAGUUCUGUUCAGUUCUUUGUCGCUAAAAUCUAAUGUUUUAAAUACGUUUUUGUUUGUCAAUUGGAAGGAAUGAAGGGUGCGUCAGAGUAACUCACUGAAAUCAUAACACCAC